AUGUUAAUAUUCACAACUAUAGCGUUGUUGCUAUCACGCGCCGAGGCGAUGCGAAAGUGCGGUAAUUGCGGUUCGAACCCGGUUCCCUACCCAUUAAGCACGGGACCCGAUUGUGGCGACCCGUGGUACAAGAUCCGGUGCAGCGCGGGUACACUUUGGUUCGAUGCACUCGCCGGAUCAUCCUACAUGAUCAGGUCCAUUGAUCCGUUAACCCGCAGGAUCAUAACCCGACCCGCAACACUCGCACCGAAGACGUGCGUGUCCACGGACUUCCACAGCGAAGGCAUGCACCUGAACGAGACCCUUCCCUUUAGCGUGGCUUCGGGUAACACCAUAUUUCUCUAUAACUGCACCGCCCACGCGCCUGCGAUGAACUGCGCCGCAAGCAGCGCGUGUCACAAAUACGCUAAGGAGCACGCGGAAUUCGGCGCGUGCGGGCGCGUGGGCGUGUGCUGUGAGUAUAAGAGUGGUGGGGCCCGCAGAGAGUAUGCAGUUCUGGUGCACGGCGGAGGGUGCGCGGCGUAUCAGAGUUUUGUGGAUUUUAACGGCACGGCGGCGGAGGGUGGGGUGGGGAUCGAGUGGGUGGCGCCACAGGAACCGGUUUGUAGAACCGCAGUGGAUUGCAAAGAAUUGGUGAACUCGAAGUGUGGAGUGGGCCCGGGUGGUGGGGUGCAAAGGUGCUUUUGUAAUGCUGGUUUUAAGUGGGACCCAGUCAAUGGUUUGUGUCAACCUCAAAUUCAGAAUACAAAAUGCACAGGACAUGGAAAAGACAACCACUGCAAAGUUCGGAAGAAAAAGAAAAUGCUUCUGGCUGUGGUUGUUUCCUUGGGAGGAAUAGUAUCUAUCAUAACAGUGAUAGGAGCCAUUUUCUACAAGAAGCACAACGCAGCAAAGACAAAAAAAAACGAGGCCAAAACCAAAAGAAGAACAGAAAUCUCAACCACCAAAGCGAGUGCCUUAUCAUCAAGAAUCUUCACCGGCAGAGAGAUAAUGAAAGCCACCAACAAUUUCGCCCCAGAAAACCUCAUCGGCUCCGGCGGUUUUGGCGAAGUCUUCAAGGGAACAUUCGACGACGGAACCGUCUUCGCCAUCAAGCGUGCCAAGCUCGGAAGCACCAAAGGCAUCGACCAAAUGCAAAACGAGGUUCGAAUUCUGUGCCAAGUGAACCACAGAAGUUUAGUUAGACUCCUAGGUUGUUGCAUGGAACUUGAACACCCCAUGCUGAUAUACGAGUACGUUUCAAAUGGGACCCUUUUCGAUUACCUUCACCGCCACUCUUGCUCUACUUGGCUUUCCUUUCCCACCCCCCUCCCCCGCCACUCUUGUGGCUCGAGGGAAUUCCUAAAGUGGCACCAAAGACUCAAAAUUGCACACCAAACUGCUGAAGGGCUUUCUUAUCUUCACUCUUCUGCUGUGCCACCCAUUUACCACCGCGACGUGAAAUCCAGCAAUAUACUCCUUGAUGAAAAGUUUGAUGCAAAGGUUUCUGACUUUGGGUUAUCUAGGCUCGUUGAACUGGCUGAAGAGAACAAGAGUCACAUUUUCACUAGUGCUCAAGGGACACUAGGGUAUUUGGACCCUGAGUAUUAUCGUAACUUUCAGUUGACGGAUAAGAGUGAUGUUUAUAGCUUUGGGGUGGUGUUGAUGGAGCUGCUUACUGCUCAAAAGGCUAUUGAUUUCAAUAGGGAGGAAGAGAGUGUGAACUUGGCCAUGUAUGGGAAGAGGAAAAUGGUGGAGGACAAGUUGAUGGAUGUGGUUGAUCCUUUGCUUAGAGAGGGAGCUAGUGAAGUGGAAUUGGAGACUAUGAAGUCGUUGGGGUAUCUUGCGGUUGCGUGCUUGGAUGAGCAGAGGCAGAAACGGCCUUCGAUGAAGGAAGUUGCUGAUGAGAUUGAAUACCUGAUUAAAAUUGUUAAGGGUCAGGUUUCAAAAUCAUGA